GCUGAGGAGAGAGAAAGAGGAGGAGUGGUUGAAGACGGCCCAGAAAAAGAGGAAGAACCUGAGGGACCAGUGGUUUAGUGAAACAACUCCACCUCCUGUCCCUCUGAAACUUGACGGCUUUGGGACCGGCCCUCCGCUACAGGACGAGGUGGACCAGCGCACUGCAGCGGAACAAACCAAAAGUCAAAAGACGCCUGAGGACGGGGAGGAAGAGGCAGCUGAUGCCAGAAAAGAGGAACAAGCUUCCCGAGAAGAAAACAAAGAGUCUGUCAAGUGUCCGGCUGCAGCCAGAACACACAGCCACUAUCAGGCCGCGGCUGACGAGGACGCACAAGUGAAUAAAGAGGCUGAGGAUCACUUCUCCAUACAAAUGGCACAAAGGAUGUUUCAUGAAAGUGGGCAAGAUGGCCGAUCAGUCCUGGGAAUGUUGGCAGUGCAGGUUGAGAGAGACCCCAAGACAGGUGCCACUGUCGUCAAGUCAGUGGCCCCCAUGUCCACAUCGGCUGAUGCUCCCAAAGUCACCACAGUCUUCGACGACGGCAGGAAGAGUAUCCACGCCGUCGGCGGGACAGGAUGUCAACCCUCGACCGAAGAGCUCGGGCAGAUCUUGAGCGCCAUCGAUGGGGUUGGGAUGACAGCGCUGCUGGAAGAAGUCACGGUCGUGCCGAGCAGAGAUGCAGAGAUGAAGAUUGAAAUUGUAGAAGCCAGAAGAACUCCAGAGGAAAAAGUUGUGUCUUUUCCUACCCAUCACGCCAUGUCAAAAGAGACCGAUACGCAGUUGGACAGCACCGGAAGCUACGACUUGGAGGCUGAGCUGAGCGCAGAGGACUGUGCUGUAAUUGUGGGAAACCAGGAGGAUAAACAAGAGGACAGAUGCAUCACAGCAGUUAGAGACAUAGCAGGAGAAGUGGAGAACGUGGAGGAUCAGAGAUUGGAGGAAGGCCCGGUCACCCUCUUGUUCCUGGGAUACGCUGACGCCACUACGUCCCAAGGUCACAGCCAAGAGGACGAUGAAGGCAUGCUCACUGUGGAACGAGUGAUUAUCACCGAAGAUGGAGAAGAACAUGUCUUAGGACCUGAAACAUCCGCUUCACCUCCGUCAUCAUUAGACAAGGUAGCAGAGCAAGAGGCUGGGAAGGAGUCCCCAGCUGAAGUAUUUCAGGUUAUUCCCCUGGAUGGAAAUGGAGCUGGAGUAAAAGUCCAGGGUGAAGAAGGUGACAAGGAGCAGCAACGUUCAUCUUCACCCAGUACAGCAGUGGGAGAAGGAACUUCCAAGCGCAAGACCUGUCAGUGUUGCUCCAUCAUGUAAGGAAAGGGGGCUCAUCAGGCUUCAUCGUAAUAUUUCUUAUGUUUUAAACCCUUGUGACUUCUAUUACAGACCAUAUGCUGCACUGCUGCCUUAAUGACUGAUAUGAAAGAUUAAGCCACUACCUGGUAUUGUCUUACAAUGGUUUUUGGCUCCGAGCGUCCACCACUUCACUUUGCCAAAGAAAGAGACAUUUAUUAUGUUCUAAGUCUUUGCAGCAGCUGUGGACUGUCAGGCAGCUCCGAGGGACAAUUAAAAUCCACUUCCUCCCCCUGGUGGACAAAGCUGAGAAUUUCAACAUGCAGUCCUGCAGAUACUUCUCGUCUCGAAUGCCUCCUGUUUUCUCUGCCUUGGCCUUAUCAGCCCAAAAAGAUUCCUUAUGUUCAGCUGUUCCCUCCAGGAAUGGAAAAAGCCAAAGAGCAGCAGCAUGGUUUGUAGUUUGUGGCACUAAUAUUUUUUUUAAGACUAAUGAUGGUCUGUUUGUAACAUCCUUUGAUAAAAAUUUUACUUUCUUACCCAUGACUACUCGACAAAAUCUAUGUUUCUGAGAAUUUGGGUGUUUUAAUGUCCUAAUGAGGAGUUUGUGAUCUACAAUGUGACAUAAAUUUUGCAUGUUAACUUUCUGAA